AUGGUGUCCAUCGUGGCCAUCCAAACUUUGAAGAAAGCCGAUCAACUGAAAGAACAAAUAUGUACAUCCAAAGAUAUAAACAGCCCCGAGACAUUGGCGUAUCAACAGCAGUUGAGGAUCAUCUACCAGCAAGUGUUGACUUUGGACUUGGAAUAUGCGCUGGACCAAAAAGUUGAACAAGACUUAUGGAAUCAUGGAUUUAAAAAUAACAUCAACAAGUUGCAACAACUUGCCAAAGACAAAAAGAAUGCCAAACGCAAUGAAUGGAACGCACUAUUCUUAUCGUGCCUUGAGUCUGCAUAUGGCUUUUAUCUCAUGCUUUUGCACAGCAUAUGCUUGACAUUUGAUUUGGAUCUACCGUUUCAUAAAAAACUGUAUGGAUUUUGUGACACGGAUGAUAAGUCAUUAGGAUCAACAUAUUUACGAAAACCACAAAAAAGUUCAUGCAAUUACAUUUGUCAAUAUUGUUUGGUACACCUGGGUGACAUUGCUCGUUAUCGUAAUCAAAAUAGACAAGCUGAAUCAUUUUACAGACAUGCCAUUCAAUUAAGCCCUAACAGUGGACAACCUUACAACCAAUUGGCUCUAUUGGAAGCAUCGCGAGGAGAUAGUUUGAGCACAGUAUUUUAUUACAUGAGAAGCAUUAAUGUUAGACACCCGUUUCUAGCAGCUGUCAAUAAUCUAAAUUUCACAUUAAAUAAAUAUAUUAGCUCUAGUCAAGACAUGCUGUAUAAAACAAAAAUCACUAGUACUGAAUUUAUCCAACUAUUUCUCGCAUUCCAUGGAGUGUUGAUGUCAAAAGAUAUAAUGAAACGUCAAGCUUGUGAUGGAUACAUAAAAAGUCUUUCCUUGUCAUUUACACCACAUAUUGCUACUGAAUCAUUUUCAUCAUUUAAAUUACAGCAGAUGGUGGCUAUUAAUAUGUUGGCAUUUAACUAUAUUGGAAAUGAAUCUACGUCAAUUAAAAUGCAGUGUUAUCCUGUUGUUGAUUUACUGGCCACUUUUCUCAAUGCUUUUUUACUUCCACUGUACACAAUGAAAGAAAGUCAAAAUAUCUCAGAAUACUAUACAUUACCUGCAGUCAAACUAAUUCUGGAUUGGAUAAGAAGUGAUAUAAGUGUUCUAAAUUCUCCUGGUUUCAAAAGUCGCUUACAAAUCUGGCCUGGCCUUUGCAAACUAUUGAACGGACUAUCAAAUGAUCUAAGCAAUGACGAUUAUUCUCAUAUUCCUCUACCAGAAGAUAGAUUACUCCAAGGCUUUGUUAUGUUAGAAUCAGUACAUUCUAAGCUCAUAUUAAAUGCUGAUGAUACUACAAAAAUAAAUGUAAAUGCUCUAAGAGCUAAUCGUUUAAUUGAUUUUGGUGUAUGGUUUUCGUCUACUUCAUAUUCAUUAAUUAAAGCAAUAAAAAAAGAUAAAGGAUGGAGCUUUGAAAUAAUACCGAAUAGUUCGACCAGCUCUCAUUCAAUUGAUCUCGCUGCUGAUCUUGAAACAUUAUCAUCAUAUCAACAAAGGCAGUUACUUAGUUCAAGUGAAAGAAAAAGUGGUAUUUUAAAACCUCAAUCCUCUAGUAACUCAGAUAUAAAACCAGUAUUGCGUAAUGUUGACUUUGAUUCAAUGUUCAAAAAGAAUCAAGAUACUGAAGCCAAACAAGUAAAAUUCCGGUCACCAUCUCCGAGUUCAUCAUCUAGCAGUGAAGCCAAAUGGUCAUUGGAAGACCUUGAUCAGACUUCUUCAGAAUUUGAAAAAGAUCAAAAUGCUGUAAAACCUACUCCUAUUGGUUAUCAAUUACCACAUCCUGUCAACAAUUUAAACUCAUCUCAAACUAAUAUUAAUCCAGUUAUGAAUACUUUUGGUCAGCUGCAUAUGAGUGGAUUUCCAUCAUCUUCUGAAAGUCAAUUCCGGUUUGGUCAGCCAUUACAAAACUUCUCUUCUUGGCCUCAACCACCAGCCAGUUGGAUUGAUAGUAUUAAACAACCUCAAAACAACCAACAGAAUCAUCCAAUGUUUCCAUUUAUGCAAAACCAAGCUCCAAUUGGGCAGUACCCAAAUGGCACUUGGUCAAAUGUUAAUCCUCCCCAAGUAACCCAUAAUUCACCAUUGCAAAAUAAUUUAAAUCAUUUUAAUAUAAGAGAUGAUCAACAGCGUAAUUAUUACAAUGGUGUAAACAACAGUCCAUAUUAUUCACUAUUUAAUCAACCUAAUGUUAUGAUGCCUCGUAAUAUGGAUACAAGUCAAGAGCCCAAUAACAGAUCAUUUGCUACAUUCCAUCAGCAGUCAUUGUGGUCAGGACCAGGACCAUCGCCACUUGAACGUUUAUUGGAACAACAACGUGGUCGGGAUGCCUCAGAAGGAGGGACAUAA